AUGACGGGUCCCGUGGUUGUGAAAUUUGUUGAUAAAUAUUCAGAAAAACCAGCGGAGCAAUCCAGUCUGGAGAAAAAACUGCUAAAAUCGGGCAAGGCGCUAAAGUUGAACGAAGUGAGAAAAGAGCCUCCUAAACCUAAGGGCAGAAACAGAGCAGAACCCGAAGACGAAGAGAACCUGAAAAAUGACCUGGCUUUGCAGAGAUUGCUAUCCGAAUCACAUAUACUGAGCUCUGUGCCCAAAAGUCAUCAUUCUGGAGCCGAACUCACACUGAAAACCUUAGACUCUGAUGGUCCCAUAGGCAAUGCCAGAAUACGAACAUUGGACGAAAGAAUGAAAGAGAUCUCAGCCAAAAACGGGACUUUGAAAGCCAGGAAUUUGGAGAAGAUGCCAAUGGCCAUGAGGAAAGGAAUGAUCAAAGCAAGAACACUCAAAACUGAAAAAUACGAGAAGGAGGCUAAAGAGGCUGGUAUCGUUCUUUCGAGGACUCGUAAGGGCGAACUCAGAAGUCUCGAUAACGGAAGAGGUGUGACGUCCGCUUCAGACCGUUUGGGCCUUAACAAAUCGAGGGUCACCAAAAUGAGAGACAGAGGUCUGAAGAUCAACACCAUUGGUAGAAGUACCAGAAACGGAUUGGUUAUCUCUAAAGCUGAGAUAGAGAGACUAUCUAGCAAGCCCAAGGAUGGUAAGAAGGGCAAGAAGGGUGGCAGAAGACGCUGA